CCUAGAACGCGCUGCUCUUUAGCUCCAGUCUCCUCCGAAUAAUAGCAAUUGUUUAUUUUUUAUUCGAGUGCUUAUACCACCAGUGAUCCUCUUGUAAGAUGAGCUAAUAACUGCCGUAAAAUGCACACUCUGGGCCUUGUGUAUCUGAGCCUUUUGGGCCUGGUUGAGGGCUUUGGCCACCAGCCGCUGCUGCGAAAUAUCAUAAAAGUGCGGGCCAGCGGCUUCUUGCCCUUCGAGUCGGACCUGCUGCUGCCCCUGAACAUUCUGCGGCAGCUGCAGUCCCAGGAUCGAUCGUCGCGCUACAUUGGCCAGCGACCCAGGCCCGUGCUGAGGCCAAAGGUCAAGCAGCAGAUCAGACUGGAGAGAGCCCACCCGCUGCGGGAGGCCAAGGGAGUGCAGCUCUAUAAUCUCAUCGAUGAUGAUGGCGAACUGCUGCUGAAUCUGAAGGUGCAUAACGAUCAAAAGGGGAGUCCUGCGGGCCAUUAUCAGGGCAGCGCGCCGGAGGAGAAGUUCCAGAGUAAAUUCAAGGACUACGAUUCGCCAUGGCUGCCCUCGAAGUGGCGACCCACCAGUGAAUUUCCCCUGGGCGUGACCUCCUCCUCGCCACGCCCACUGCCCCUGCAUCAGUAUCUGGGCCAAAACAAUCGCUUCGACCAAAAUACGGCCAAGAAAAGGCGGCAGGACUUUUGGCCUUAUAAAUAGAACAGUUAAGAACCCGAAGGAAGAUAUAAUGUUAGCCCUACAUUAUUUAUUUUAUUGUUUUUAUUAAAACAACACACCACCAAGCAAGACGUGCACAGAGAAAAAUAUAUAUCAUAUUUAAGGACCUGAUAUUUUGUAUAAUAACGUUCUAAAUUUUAAAAACAUACUAAAGCAAACAUUAAAAAAAUAUUAUUAUGCUAAAAUACCACCAGAAAAUCGUUUAAAAUAAUUUAUCAAUUUAGGUAUGCAAAAUAUUAUUCAAAAAUUAAAAUAUUAGAUACAUAAAAAGUAAAUUAAAAUUUAUUUUUCAUAUACAUUUUUAUUUAAAUUUAUCCAAAAAAAAUAGUAAAUUGGUGCUCAAAAUCAGAUCCUAUUUUUCUCUGUGUACAAUAUUAAACUUAAGCCACACUGUUCAAAAUAAUCCCGAAGAUAUAAAACACAACACAAGAUAAUCCACAAGACACACAAGAAAAAUCCCUAAGACACAACACAUUUCUAAACGUACAAAUAAACUUAAAGAUUUACCUGAAAAUGAAUUCAUCAGAUACGAGAUACUUUAAUAUCCAUGAGGCACAUUUUACCGGCGAUGAACAGGUCGUUGA